GGACCAUGCUCGGUUGAGUUAUCUGGUAAGGAGGACCAGUGUAGUGCGGUUGGCGUGCGAGAGGGUCGCGAUGAACCGACAGAUGAAAUAGAGUGGCGAGGGAAAAAACAACCAAAAAAUAAGCAAGUAAGCUGACUGUUCUUCCGCGAGAAACAAUGUUCCCCAAAGGCAAAGGAACACCGGUGCCCUCGGACGUCCAAGCACGAGAAAAGUUGGCUCUCUACGUCUAUGAAUAUUUGCUUCACAUAGGAGCCCAAAAGUCUGCACAGACAUUUUUGUCAGAGAUACGAUGGGAGAAGAACAUAACACUCGGAGAACCCCCAGGAUUCCUGCAUUCCUGGUGGUGUGUAUUCUGGGACUUGUACUGCGCUGCGCCGGAGAGGAGAGAGACAUGUGACCACUCCAGUGAAGCCAAAGCCUUCCACGACUAUAGUGCAGCGGCGGCCCCCAGCCCCGUCAUGGGAGGGAUGCCCCCGGGUGAUGGCAUGCCAGGAGGACCCAUGCCGCCUGGAUUUUUCCAGGGUCCUCCCGGUCCCCAGGGCUCUCCUCACCCUCAGCCUCCUCCCCCUAACAAUAUGAUGGGACCCCACAGUCAGUCCUUCAUGUCGCCUCGCUUUGCCGGCGGCCCGAGAGGUCCCCCCAUCAGGAUGGCAAACCAGCCGCCAGGUGGAGGACCAGGCCCACAUCCCAUGUUGCCUAAUAUGGACCCGACACGACCACAAGGUCAUCCUAACUUGGGGCCCAUGCAGAGAAUGAGCGGCCCUCGAGGAAUGGGGCCCAUGGGGCCCGGCCCGCAGAACUUUGGUGGCGGGAUGAGGAGGCCCCCGCACAACACCAUGGGUCCCGGCAUGCCAGGAGUCAACAUGGGGCCGGGGACUGGUCGGCCAUGGCCCAAUCCUAACAAUGCUAAUUCUAUGCCUUACUCAUCACCGUCUCCCGGCGCGUACGGGGGAGCAUCUGGAGGAGGACCACCAGGGACUCCCAUCAUGCCCAGCCCCGCAGACUCCAACAAUUCCGGCGACAAUUUGUACACCAUGAUCAACACUGGACCCGGCAAUCGAAAUAAUUUCCCCAUGGGCCCCGGCUCUGAUGGACCUCUGGGAGCCAUGGCUGGGAUGGAACCACACCACAUGAACGGGUCACUAGGCUCUGGUGAUUUGGACGGAAUGAACAAGAAUUCUCCAAACAAUUUAAGUGGCAUUAGCAAUCCUCCCGGGACACCGAGAGAUGACGGGGAGUUGAGUGGGAACUUCCUCCACUCAUUUCAGAGCGAGAACUACUCUCCGACCAUGACGAUGAGUGUGUGACCCACCCACAUCCCCUUUCUCUCCUCCCCCACCCCUCCCUGCCAGCCCUACCCUUCGUAAUUUGCCAUCAUUCCAAGGAUUCGAAACCCCCACGCCUCCCUCCGAUCAGACACGGCCAAACGUAUCAGCAGAGAAUCAGGGAUCCAAACUUGACGUCGGAAAUGCUGAAACGCGGGCGAAACAAAACGGCUCGUGUCUCUCUCACGGGACAAAUGUAGCUCGUUAAACGAUCGUUCAACAACGGCGAAACGUACUCCGAUAUACAGUACCACCCCACCCUAGAGCGAUGGUUUACCUCUUUUUGGAAUGAAUUUGUGCAGGAAGUGUCUCCCUUGUCCCGCUCGGGUCCACUUCAAACACUGGAGAGUGUACAUACAUGUACAUGUGCAUCGUGAGCUUUUCCCUGUUUUUUUUUUUGUGCUGCUCGCCAUAUGUGCCCACCUUGCCACCGCACUCAUUUAGAACAUUCACUGAUGGACAAUUUCAAUUACAGUGUUCCCCCGCAUAUUCAGAAACCUACCUGGGCCCGGUCGAUGUCAUUUUUUUUUUUUUAAAGGCCAGUUCAGAUUUCAGUAUUGUUCAGAAUAAGAUUCCCAUAGCCAAUUACUUGAAAAAAAAACAUACCGGUACAUAGCGAAUAAUAAAUUCAAUAAAGAUGUGAUUACAGGCAGAACGUUUGACUGCUUUACAGUCCGUUGUAUUGAAUAUCUUAGCAGGGAAAAGUCAGCAAAAAUCCUUUUUUUAAAUGGCAAUACACAUCUUAUGUGGUAAUUUGUUGAUGUUUAAAAACUAUCAGCUCUUUAGAAUAAAGAGUUGAUCGUUGCCAUUUUUGUGCUCAGGCCCAAGGCCCUGUUGAAUAUAAAAAAAAAAGGUUGUGCUUAGGCGCCAUUUUGUAGCAUCUCAUUGCCAAGGAACUAUGUAGAAGGGAAGUGAGGGGAGCUUUCAUGUGUCAAUACAAAACCCUGUUGGAUAUAAAUAGUGCUUUGGCGCCACCUCGGUGCUACAAAUCAAUGUUGAAGGGCGAGUUUCAUUCGCCAAGCCAAAUAGAAAAAUAUUGCUUUGCUGCCACCAUGAGGCAUCUUCGGGUAGUUGUCGCUGAUUUUUCUGUUGGUGGGGGAACACUGUAGUUGGCACUUAAGGGUUUCUUGGAUUUUUUUUUUUUUUUUGGACACAAGCCUAGUCAAAAUUUAUAAUGGAAACCCACGCGCCCUCUCAACUGGUGGGGAAAAAUGCUGAAUAUAAUUUUUUGUUUUUGUUCUCUUCUCGAUUUGUUUUUGACCGCUUUUACCUUUCUCGGUAAGUCCAUCUGGCGACCACAUUUGCAGUUAUUCCCUAUUCUUGAUAUCCAAUUUCAGUUUAUUUACUUGGAUAAAUACACUUUCCAGCGCACUAAUACAAGAACUUUGUCAGAAUUACCUGGAAUGGUUCUUACUAUUGAAGCAAAGACACUUUCAGGUUAAGGUGACAGACACUAGUAGGACAACUGAUAUGUUAAAUGUAAGGCAAAAUUACUAGUAACUAGUAACCAACUAGGCAGUUGACAUACUUUAACUUGGAUAUCAACGACAUGGAAUAAAUGUUCAAUCAUCUUUCCAUAGACACUCGAGUUGUGUACAGGUUUCUACUUUGUGCUGCCCCCUAGUGGACUCUUGCUUCUUUCUUUUUUUUUACUGGUCUUCUCGAAAUUGCUUUUUUUUUUUUGCUCACCCCACAUUUUUCAAAUGUAAAAUUUUGAUACAGUCUUGGACUCCGUAUAUUGUACCAGUUAUUCCAAGUUAAUCGGCGCCGUUAUAAACUUAGCAGCAGCAGUCUUGUAAAUGCGAUGACGAUGUUUUUUUUUUGUUCAUUUUUUCCCCCUCCUACGAACUUUACACAUCUGUCCUAUGUUGUCUUUUAUUUGCUUCUACUUUUUUUUCAAAAUUGAGGAAAGAUUGAUUGUUAAUAUAAUUUUACAAUAACUUAACUUCUAGUGUCUGUUUUUAUAUAUUUUUUUGUAUUAUAUUUUCAAUUUUUUCCACUCACUGGGAACAUAUGGACGUCGCGGACACUUGCUAUUUAUUAGACAGUUAACAGACAUUAUCAAUCAACUGAGGCAUGGAAUAAAAUGUGGCUUUAAUACAAAUCAA